AUGUCGUUAACGGAUUCAGCUGCUGUAGAUGUCGCUCGCAGCGCAUCGCUUGCCUCUCGUCACUUAGCUACGCUUUCCAACAGUGCCCGAAACGAUGCGUUGACCGCGCUUCACCAAGCUCUGGAUAGGAAUCGAGAUGCUAUCCUAGCGGCCAAUGCCCGAGACCUGGAAGCGGCUACGAAGGCUGCCAACAGCGGCAGCCUCAAUCACAGUGUGCUGAAGCGACUUGACCUUGCACGACCCGGCAAAUACGAUGACAUGCUACAAGGAAUUCUGAACGUUCGGGACUUGGAGGAUCCUGUUGGCAAAGUGACCUUACGGACUUUGUUGGACGAAGGUCUGACCCUGGAGCGGGUGAGCUGCCCUAUUGGUGUCCUCCUGAUCAUCUUCGAGGCUCGUCCGGAGGUAAUCGCAAAUAUUGCCGCCCUGGCCAUCAAGUCGGGCAACGCCGCUAUCUUGAAAGGUGGAAAGGAAUCCAUGGAAUCCUUCGUGGCCAUCGCCAAUGUCGUCUCGGAAGCCAUUGCGGGCUCUCAAGUGCCUGUGGCGUCGGUUCAACUCGUCAAAACCCGUGAUGCAGUUUCCUCCCUUCUCGCCCAGGAUUCAUUCAUUGACCUUGUCAUUCCUCGAGGAUCCAACGAGUUGGUUCGCUAUGUGAAGGAAAAUACCAAGAUCCCAGUCCUGGGUCACGCCGAUGGCCUCUGUUCAGCCUACCUACACUCGGAUGCGAAGGUCGACACGGCUGUGAAAGUCAUCGUGGACUCCAAAACGGACUACCCGGCUGCUUGCAAUGCGCUCGAGACUCUUCUUGUCAACGAGGGGGUCCUCGAGACUGUUUUCCCCGCCGUGGCAAAGGCCCUCCUGGCCAAGGGUGUUUCUCUUCGCUGUGAUCCAGCCUCCCAGGCUGUACUUUCGAAGACGCUAACAGCCGAUCAAUUUGCCCAAGUUCAAUCGGCUACCGAGGCCGACUACGACACUGAAUUCCUCGAUUUGGUGCUGGCUGUGAAGACCAUCUCUGUUACCGGUUCUCCAGCGUCAGCAGUAGAGGCUGCUGUUGAGCACAUCAACACGCACUCGUCCAAACACACUGAUAUCAUCUUGACCGAGUCACGCGAGCUGGCCACCUUGUUCAUGAACAGCAUUGACAGCGCCGGAGUCUUUUGGAACGCAUCCUCUAGGUUUGCGGAUGGAAUGAGAUUUGGCUUUGGAACUGAGGUUGGCAUCAGCACCAACAAAAUCCACUCUCGGGGCCCCGUUGGUCUGGAGGGUCUGACCAUCUAUAAAUACCUGAUUCGAGGCAACGGUCAUGGUGCGGGGGAUUAUCAUGAUGGGGUCGGAGGUCGGAAGUACCUGCAUACAAAUCUGCCCAUCAGUGACUAA